UCCUAUUUUUCAUAUAAAUCAAACGUCGCCGUCUUCCACCUCUCUAGUCCAAGUAGGAUUAACUGGUAAUUACGGAGACGCCACACUCUGCUUCAAUGGCUGCCGCAGUGACAUCUCAGGCCUCUCUGAAACAACCAAAGCUGCUCCCUUUCUCACCCAAAACCCCGCAAAACCCUCGCCCCACUUUAAUCUAUGUGCCCUCUUUCACGAACUCAAAACUGAAAUCUGGUCUCAAAUUGGGAAAUGGGUUCGCUGCAAAAGCUUCAAUGGUUGUCAAUGAGACCGAUUCGAAGUCUUCAGUUUCUGAAAAGAGGGCCAACAGCCCCAUCAUUGUUAUUGACAAUUAUGAUAGCUUCACCUACAAUCUCUGCCAGGUUUGUUUCUGUUUUCCUUUUUUCAAUUUGUUGGAUUUGAUAAGCCAUGGUUCGUUUGAUGUUUGGUGCUAGUAAAAUGCAUGUGUACAGUGAUAAAGAUUUGAUCUUUCAUGGAAUUGUGUUCUUCAUUUGUCAUUUAUGUUGUGAAUUAUAAAAAUGUAAGGAAUACCAUGGAGUUUUGUAUUAGAUCUGUGACUACAACAUUAGAUAGGUUAAAGAAAAUGAAAUGAAACACCUGGUUUAGACCUCUCUGUUUCCUUGUUCUUGUUUUGGACUGAGGGAUGUUUUAGUGAAAAGUUGAUGUAUUUCAUUCAAGGAAUGGUGAAAGCUGGACAGAGGUGAAGAAUGAGAGUAGUGAUUAGAACUUUCUUGUAGUUGGAUAUUUUUGAGUUGAUGACACAUGCAAAAUGAAGAUGAAAUGUGGGAAUGAGGAGUGAUACUUGUCAAAGUAUCGAGCUUUUGACGAGAUUUUA